CUUUCUUUCCCUAUUCUCGUAAAACUAAGCUAUCGACAAUGCUAAUGUACACUCAUCUUCUCUGCUUUUCUUAAAAAAGAGAUUCUUCUUCUUCUACUUUCUUCACGAGCUCCAAAGUUUCAACAAAAGCUGAUACACUUUCUUUUUUUUUGUUUAACAGAAUCAGAACUCGAAGAAAGUAGUUUUGUUUCUCCUCUGUGUCUUAUUCUUUUAUCUUCAGCUUUGAUUUUUUUUUUUUUUUUUAAGAUUCUGCCAUGAUUUUCUUUUACUUUGUCUGAAAGAGAGAGAAGGAUCUUUUCUUCAAGUUAUUGGAAUCUGAAGCAAAUUUGUCUCUAGAAGAAGACUUUUGUUAAUCUGUGUCGGUUGUUAACUAGUAUGACGGGAGAGUUACAGGGAACUGUGGAUAAAACGGCGCCGUGUACGGCCUUAACAGAAAAACGGCCAAAUCGACUAGGCGGCUGCGUCGGUGUUUUCUUCCAGCUCUUCGACUGGAACCGACGCUUCGCUAAAAAGAAGCUCUUUCCUCGCAAAUCACUUCUUUCUGGGAAACAAACUUCAAAGAGGUUUGGUAGGGAUGAUAAAAUGCUCAAAUCUACUAAGCUUAAUCUGAUUGAUGAUGAGAACAGAGGAAGUUUCCCAAAUAGAUGUGAAGUUGUGGAGCACAAAAAGCAUGAGAUGAGAUCCCCUAGUUUGGUAGCACGCUUAAUGGGACUUGACUCAUUACCAUCUAAUCACAGAGACAAAGGCAAGAAAAAGAAACCAUCACAUCAGAUUCACGACAACAACGAUAAAUGUGGUUUGUUUGAUGAGGAAGAAGAUAAUGGUUUUGAUAAGUCAAGGCCACAGAAGAUACAGAGAACAACUACUACAGGUGUGUGUGAUGAUAGGCGUGGUGUUAUGGUGAAGAAGUUUGGAUCCGAAGCAAUGCAGAUGAAGAACGUUUUGACCCGAGUUAGGAAACAGCAUCAUCAGAAACUGGCUUCUCCUGUUAGAAGCCCGAGGCUUCAUACUAGACGCAACUCUAGGCUGAUCGACGCUGCUGCUAGGAUUCUGGAACCGGGAAAGAGAAAUGCAAAACACGCUAUUCCUUUUCCAGGCUCUUCAGGCGUUAGAAGGUUGGAAAAUGUAGGGAAAGAGCCAGUUGAAGUUGUUGUUGUUUCAUCCCAGUUUCAACAUGGUUACAAUAGCAAUAGUGUUGGUUCUUGUAAAGCAUGUGGUAGCUUUGUUGAUGUUCAUGGUUCUAGUCCUGUAGCUGAAGAGAUUGGAAAGAAUGUUUCUGAAUCACCGCCCUUUGAACGGGUUAAAAGAAAUGUGUUUUGGAGAAAUCAAGAACCAUCUAUGUCUGCCUCUGGUAAAGGCAGAGACUUCACAGAUCCAAUGGAGAGGAAGGCAAGGUUUCCUCCAGUAGUAGCUCAACCUUACACCUUACAGAGCAAAAGAGGUUGUUGUUCUUCAUCACCUGUGAAUGCAAUCAACUGUAAAGACAAGGGAUUUGUUGCUAUGAAUAGAGCUUUAUUUAGCAGGAACUAUCAUCACACCAAGGCUAGAUUUGAAAAUUCUGAUUUGCAUCUGCAUAGAAAAUCUCACACUAGUGUUGAGGAGUCUUCUAAUAGAUCAGGCACUUCUGCACGGAAGAGAAGGCUAGCUUGUGUAAGUGGUCAAGGACAAGGGAGUAACUCCAUGAGUCCAGUGUCAAGAGUAUUAGAUGGUGAAAGCUCUUGCGCUUGUAGUAAUGAAACCACAUUUUCUCCAUUUAAACUUGGUUCCCCUCAUAGAAGCUGUAGAGGAACCAAAGAGAGAAAAGGUGUUCCAAGUCAGAUGGGUGAAAGAAACCUAAGAACACCACUUGAUGCUGGUACUGUGGGUUUGAUUCAGCAAAAGUUGAAAGAGUUUGAUUCUCGAGAAGAAGAAGGUGAAGCCAUAAGAGGAAGUGCAUUGCCCACUAAACCGGCAUCUUUGAUUCUCAACGAGUUGCUAUCUUCAAUAGCACAAGAGCAUCCUUAUGCAGAAACAGCUUGUAAGAGGAAAGGCAAAAGAGAGAUGUGGAGUUCGAUAGGAAAUGCAAACAGCGACUACACUAGCCCUGGCUCUGUACUUGAUGCAUCUUUCUCCAACGAGAGUUGCUUUUCUAAUAGCUUCGACAAUGUCUCAGUUCCAGGACAGAUGAGGAUGCCUCUAGAGCCUAUAGAACCGGAUUGGGACGCUCUUGAAAACUCCGCAGCUUUGUUCAAGAACUCAAUAAGUAGUGGUGACUAUCAAGCGAUCUUUAGUCUUAUCAGCCACGUCUCUAACGUCCUGAGGUGUUUAAGCAACACAGGUCUCAUAUCAACACGGCAGAGAUUCACCAACGCAAGAGAAGUCAUACUCCACACUGAACUCUCACUUGGUACUACUACUACACAAGACAACUACCUCAUAGUACCAGAACUCUUCGACGAACUCAUGAUUUACUCAGCUCGUUCUGAUAACCUUGUUAAUCUCACUGGAAUAACCGGAGUGUUCCUUGUCGAUGCCAUGAUCGAACACUUGGAAGAAAGAAACAUUUCCUGCGGAUUAAAGUCUUCAUCAUCAAGUGCUGAUGCUUCCGUGCUGAUUCGUGGUGUUCUUGAGGAAGUUCCAAAGUGGGCAGCAUUGGCUCGGAUUGAUAUGGAUGAAGUUAUAGACAAUGAUAUGGAGAAAUGGAUGGAUCUUGAAACCCAUUCGUUAGGAGUUGGAUCAGAGAUAGCUUAUGAGAUACUUUGCUGUUUAAUCGGAGAGUUAGCAAUGGAUCUCUUUUAGUACCAAACCAAAAUAAUGUUUUUUUUUUUGUCAAAACUAGCAUUUGUCUGAUUUAACGAUAUGAAAUCUAAUUAGCUUUUCUGAUAAC